UUGUUUCCCCAGUUACAAACCUAUCGUGGAGUUCAUUGACACCCAGUUUGAGGCCUACCUUCAGGAGGAGCUCAAGAUCAAGCGCACCCUCCACAGCUACCACGACACACGUGUCCACGCCUGCCUCUACUUCAUCGCCCCCACGGGACACUCGCUCAAGUCUCUGGAUCUUGUCACCAUGAAGAAGCUGGACAGCAAGGUCAACAUCAUCCCUAUCAUUGCCAAAUCGGAUGCCAUUUCCAAGAGUGAGCUCACCAAAUUUAAGAUCAAGAUCACAAGCGAACUGGUCAGCAAUGGAGUUCAGAUUUACCAAUUCCCCACAGACGACGAGACCGUGGCUGAGAUCAACUCCACCAUGAAUGGCCAUUUGCCGUUCGCUGUGGUGGGCAGCACUGAGGAAGUGAAGAUCGGGAACAAGAUGGUGAAAGCGAGGCAGUAUCCCUGGGGGACGGUGCAGGUGGAGAAUGAGAAUCACUGUGACUUCGUGAAGCUGAGGGAGAUGUUGGUCCGGGUGAACAUGGAGGAUCUGAGGGAGCAGACGCACACACGCCACUACGAGCUCUACCGCCGAUGCAAGCUGGAGGAGAUGGGCUUCAAAGACACCGACCCCGACUGCAAACCCUUCAGUCUGCAGGAGACCUACGAGGCCAAGAGGAACGAGUUCAUGGGGGAGCUUCAGAAGAAGGAGGAGGAGAUGCGGCAGAUGUUCGUGCAGCGAGUGAAGGAGAAGGAGUCUGAGCUGAAGGAGGCAGAGAAGGAGCUGCAUGAGAAGUUUGACCGCCUGAAGAAGCUGCACCAGGAUGAGAAGAAGAAGUUGGAGGACAAAAGGAAGUCUCUGGAUGAUGAGCUCAACAAUUUCAAGCAGAAGAGGACUGCUGCUGACCUCCUGCAGUCCCAGGCCCAGCAGGCAGGGGGCUCCACCACACUCAAGAGGGAUAAAGAGAGGAAAAAGUAAGUCAAGCGCUCCUUCUCUUGCCUCUGCCACACAUUCACUCUCACUGAGCUGGAUCAAACACACAUGUAGACAGCUGGAUCAAAGACACCUUUAGACAGCUGGAUCAAACACACAUGUAGACAGCUGGAUCAAACACACAU